CCGUCCUCCUCCUCCUCGGCUCGGUCAACAACACACCGUGUGAUCCGCUCCACUGGAGGUUAACGGCCGCUUCUAGCUCGUCGAAAUGGCGUCUAACGACUAUUCCCAAACAUCUGGCCAGGGCUAUGGGUCCUAUGGUGGAGGUGGUGGAGGUGGUGGAGGUGGUGGUGCUAACCAUGGCUACGGUCAGUCUUCUGGACAGAGCUACAGCCAGCAGGGCUACGGAGGCUACAACCAGAGCUCUGACAGCAGCCCCGGCUCCUACAGCCAGGGAGGAUACGGCAGCUACGGGCAGUCCCAGUCAGGAUACAGUUCUCCACCCUCUAACCAGGGUGGCGGCGGCGGUGGCAGUGGUGGUGGUGGUGGUGGUGGAGGUGGUGGUGGUUAUAAUCAGUCCUACAGUCCUGGAGGCUAUAACAGCAGCAACCAGCCCUCCAGCAUGAGCUACAACCAGCAGUCAUCCUUCUCUGGGUACGGCCAGCAGCAGCCUCCUCCCUCGUCCUCUGCAGGAUAUGAAGGUAACUCGCAGGCUUCUGGCUACAACCAGCCGCCGAGCGUUGGACAGGGAGGAGGUGGUUACGGCAGCGGUGGAGGUCAGACUGGUGGCUACGGGGGCAGCAGCAGCAGCCACCAACAACCACCCCAACAUGGAGGAGGUCACUACAACCAGCCUCCGAGCUACAGCACCCCCCCUCCACAGAGCUACAGCCAGCAGAGCCAGUACGGCCAAGGUGGAGGAUACGGAGACGAAAGCCCUCCGAUGAGCGGAGGAGGUGGAGGAGGAGGAUACGGCAGUCCUGAUGGAGGCUACGGAGGUCAGGAUGGCCGAGGUGGCAGGGGGCGCGGGGGUGGAUUUGGAGGCCGCGGUGGUGGCGGAUAUGAUCGCGGUUUCGACCGAGGUGUUCGAGGUGGACCAAGAGGAAGAGGAGGCAUGGGAAUGGGCGAUCGUGGAGGAUUCAAUAAGUUUGGUGGACCAAGAGAGGCCGGUCAUGGACAUGGAGGACCAGGCUUCAUGCAGGACCAGGAUAACUCUGAUAAUAACACCAUCUUCGUACAAGGCCUGGGAGAUGACUACACUGUCGAGUCAGUGGCUGACUUCUUCAAGCAGAUUGGAAUCAUUAAGGUCAACAAGAAGACGGGUCUGCCCAUGAUCAACCUGUACACAGACAGAGAGACGGGGAAGCUUAAGGGGGAGGCCACGGUGUCCUUCGAUGACCCCCCCUCAGCCAAGGCUGCCAUCGACUGGUUUGAUGGUAAGGACUUCAAUGGAAAUCCCAUCAAGGUGUCUUUCGCCACACGCAGAGCUGACUUCGGAGGUCGAGGUGGCAUGAGGGGGGGCCGAGGACGAGGGGGGCCGAUGGGUCGUGGAGGAUUUGGAGGAGGUCGGGGUGGAGGUUUCCCUGGAGGUAACGGAGGCAACGGAGGAGGAGGAGGUGGAGGAGGAGGACAACAGAGAGCCGGAGACUGGAAGUGUUCAAACCCUAACUGUGGGAACCUGAACUUCUCGUGGCGUAACGAGUGUAACCAGUGCAAGGCCCCGAAGCCUGAGGACGCUGGAGGGAUGUCCCCGAUGGAUAGAGGAGGCUACGGAGGAGGAGAGCGCAGAGGGGGGUUUGAGCGGGGCGGCUUCAGGGGCCGGGGGGGGGACCGCGGGGGCUUCAGAGGGGGGCGGGGUGGCGAGCGCGGAGGAUACGGCCCCGGGAAGAUGGACGCAAGGGGCGACCACAGACAGGAGCGUCGGGGCCGUCCUUACUGAAGCUCACCCCUCACCUUUUCUAUCACUCUGUUCUCCUCCAUCCUUUUCACUGCGUGUAGAAAAUGUUUUCUGUGUUUGCUGUCGUUCAUGUGACUCGUCCGUCUGCUCAGAGAGCCUCAUUCAGAUAAAGGAUCGAUUUUCUCAGUGUCCAUGAAUGUUAUCAUUUAUCAGUCCUCAUUUUACCAGCCAACUGAACACGAGCUGUCAGACACGUUUAACAACAUUGUCAAACCCUCUGGUUAGGUUAGGUUAGAUUAGGUUAAGUUAGGUUAUAGUUGACAAAUUUCCAACGAACCUAAAUUAAACUUAAUCUGAUCUUGGGCCUUGGGCCAAGUGUCAACAUUAUUACUCUGGUAUCUUAUAACUAUAGUCACCUGUUAGUGGUUUGGUUGAAGUGUCCUCUGUGCUGAAAAGUGAGUUUUACUUAUCAUAUUACAUUAAGUUUUUGGGUAGGUGGGACUAUACUCAUAGGAAAAAAGUGUAGUUCCAUGUCUCCAAAGACUAAAUAUAUUAUUAGGAAACGGCUUUUUCUCAGGACACAACAUUUGUUAACGUGUUUCCUAAUUCUUCAGAAAUCCUGACUCAGAAUUUGUCUGCACCAGAUUUUCAGACUUUAGACGGAUCAGAACAAUUGUGGCAUUGUUUUUCUUAGGACACAAAAUGCACAUUAAGUGAUUAUUCUAAAUAUAAACU